AUGACCGACACUUUUAAUCCAAUUCGCAGGAGUAGCUCCUUCACAGAGCGAGACAAUCCAACCGAGUAUACUUCUCUCCUCCCAAAGCCAACAGCCAUUGACAGCGCAGGGCACCGGAACGGCGAAACAACCGUUGCUGGCGAGAAUGAUGCCUCAAACCGGUGCCUUGUCAUGGCAGAAUUCUGGCAGCUGCUCAAGGACUCAAUUCCCGUCAUCCUAGCCUAUACACUCCAAAACAGCCUACAGACCUCCUCCGUGCUGAUUGUCGGACGCCUUUCGCCGGAGCACCUCGCUACCUCGGCCUUCUCCCUCAUGUUUGCCAUGAUCACGGCGUGGAUGAUUGCGCUGGGAGGCACGACCGCAUUAGAUACGCUGGCCUCGUCUUCCUUCACGGGGAGCGCGAACAAGCAUGAUCUGGGAAUCCUGCUGCAGCGAGGCUUCUUUGUGCUCGGCCUUUUCUAUAUCCCCGUUGCUGUUCUGUGGGCCUGUUCAGAGCACGUUUUUCUUUUCUUGGGGCAGGAUACGGUUCUCUCGAGAGACAGUGCACGGUUUCUCACGUGUUUGAUCCCUGGCGGUUUGGGGUAUAUCUAUUUCGAGGUUAUGAAGAAGUAUCUCCAGGCUCAAGGAAUCAUGCGGCCGGGAACCUACGUCCUCCUCAUCACCUCCCCCUUCAACGCCUUCUUGAACUACCUCUUCUGCUACACCUUCAAGAUGGGCCUGCUCGGCGCCCCGUUCGCAACGGGUAUAUCCUACUGGUUAUCCUUUGCCCUCCUCGUCCUGUACGCACGGUUCAUCGCCGGCUCAGAAUGCUGGGGCGGCUGGUCGCGAGAAGCCUUCAACAACCUCGGCACAUUCGCCCGUCUCGCCUUCCUGGGCGUCAUCCACGUCGGCACGGAGUGGUGGGCAUUUGAGAUCAGCGUGAUCAUGACCGCAGACCAGGUCCUCAAUACCAUCCCGUUUGGGGUGGGCGUUGCCGCAUCCGCGCGCGUCGGCAAUCUCCUCGGAGCUAGGGAUGCGGGUGGUGCUGCUCGUGCUGCGAAUACGGCUGCGUGGUUGAGUAUGGUGCUUGGUGGGGUGGUAUUGGCUGUGCUUAUGGGUACGAGGAACGACUUUGCGAGGAUUUUUAACGAUGACGAAGGGGUCGUGCGGCUGACGGCUGAGGUGUUGCCGUAUGUUGCUCUGUUCCAGAUUGCGGAUGGUUUGAAUGGGAGCUGUGGGGCAGUCUGCGAGGGAUGGGCCGGCAGCAUGUGGGCGCUAUGGUGA